AAUAUAUAUAAUUUAAGCGUGCAUGAGGUCUGAGGAUCACGUUGUCUUCAAUCGUCAAUGAGUCCAAUUCCUUUUUCAACCGAGAAGAUGGUACAUAAAAAAAAAAGUUUUGGAUGUAUGCUCUUGCCCCUCCUCUUCUUCGUCUUCGCUGAUUUUAGGAGAAAGUAAACAGCUCUGCACACGUCUUAUCAGUGAGGAGCAGCCUUGUAACCGUGUUGCACUAUCCAUGGUAUCUAAGGCCAAAAUAGGACAAGCCCCCUUGGGAGUGAAGUGGUGCAGAUGCGUGCAAGUGUUUCAGCUUGUUCUCAUGUUGUGCACAACAAGACAACAGCAGUCUUUGUGUUCACCAAGAAGACAGGAUGACCUGUGAUCACCUGAGACGAUUCUUGGCAAUUUCCAUCAUAGCGUCCAUCAUGAGCAUGGCCUCCACCUUCGCAGGCACCCGACAUUUCCAGAAAAAAGUUUCGGUUCUGCUGGAAAAGGAGCCAGAAAGCCCCAAAUGCUUUGCAGAGAGCAGGAAGGACUUCACCUGCUUCUGGGAGGAAGAUGAGGAGAGGGCUGGGUCUGUGGAUCAGUAUUCCUUCACAUACGCCUACGAAAAUGACAACAGCAGGGAAUGUCCACUGACAACCCAAAACAUGCCAGGGGGAAAGAGGCUGUACAUCUGCCACCUGACUCAAAUAUCCAUGUUUGUCCGAAUGGACAUUGAAAUUCACCGAGAGGGGAGGCUGAUCCACAAUCGCAGCCUACAAGUGGAAUUUUUCUUUCUGCUGGAUCCUCCCGCUAACGUGACUGUGGAUACCACUGGUCAAGAGGGUCAUCUGAAUGUCAGCUGGAUACCUCCUCUCAAAUACAUGGACGACAGCUUGAUGUACGAGGUCUCUUAUGCAAUGGUUGAUAGCCAUACAGCACAAGUAGAUGUGGUACGAGCCAGCUCCAGGACGAUUUUAAGGAGCCUACAGCCAGGCACUAAGUACAAGGUGCGGGUUCGGGUAAAACCGGAUGGAAUUAGCUAUAAUGGCUUCUGGAGUGUGUGGAGUGACCCUGUGUUCAUGGAGACGCCGCCUGCAGAACUCAACCCGUUCAUUGUGUUCCUAAUCCUCACCAUGUCUUUCAUCCUAAUGGUGCUGUCUUUCACUGUGCUGGUGUCCAAUCGCAGGUUUCUGAGAAAGAAGAUUUGGCCAACUAUUCCAACUCCUGAUGGCAAGUUUCAAGGCCUUUUUACUGAUUACGGUGGUGACUUUCAGGAGUGGUUGAACCAAACAAAUGGGGGCUUGUGCUUGACCCCAGCAUUGUUCUACAAUGAGGAAUACCCCACUUCUCUGGAGGUUCUCUCAGAGUUAAGCCUGAACCCCCCGCUACCUCCUCCACCUCUUCCACCAAAAAUGUCUGGCGUUUUCACGCUCCAAUAUACAGAGGAGGAUGUGCACAAGGAUCUGGAUUUGGCACUGAGGAAAAUGCCACAAAAUCUCUGGUUGAUGGAGAACUUAAGGGUGCACAACCAGCACCCGGUACCUUGCUCCCAGUCAUCUCGAUUGGAGUCUCAGGAUACUUAUGUCACUCUCACUGGGAACAACCACAGCCAAGAAAAUAACACUCUGGUGGAAGCCUUGCCCACGGAGGUAUUUUUGGCCUUUAAAACCACUAGGCUAACUGAAGCUCACUGA